UGGAUGAAAGGAGGAGGCUAGUCCUCAUCUUGUAUAGAAGAUGUUCUCAUGAUUUAGCUUUGUUUGUUGUCUCAAAUCGUGCUAAAUCUUUAAUUCCCGAGCGUUUUUCUUUUUCCCUAUUUUCGGAGCUAUUUUGGGGAAUUUUCGUUCAUCAUGUUUGAGCCCGAAUCUCGUGAGAUUGGUUGAAGGGAAAUGCUGGUAGGACCUUGGAGAUCAUCUUUGAUAUGAUCCCCCUUCAAAUCCCUCACGAAUCUGGCUUGAUUUUCAGUUUUUCCUAAAUCGUGUUCUUGAGUUAGGAUUUCGGUUUUUCUCUAAAUCCGCGAUGAAUACUUGAGCGUUUUGAGAUCUUUUUCGUGGAUCUAUUAGCCCUUGGGGUUGCGCAUCUAUGGCUCAAGUUUUAUCUCGAUUCAUGAAGUUUUGAGGGAGUAUUUUUAGUUUGAAGUUUGAGUCAUGUUCUUGCUUGUUCUUGCAGUUCGUCUCUGUUUUUCUCUCUUGCAGGGCGUCGUCGAUUCACAGAAGUUGAAGCACGUGUUCGCAAGACAGAGCGAGCGGGCCAGCUGCAGCGGCCUAGCAGGCAAACCGGCCCAUCGACGAGCGGGCCACAAGCUCGCGCAGCAGGCGAUGCAGGUCGUCAGCGGUCCAGGCGGGGAAGCUGCAGGAGCAGCCCACCAGUGCACGAGCCAGGCCAACAGCCCACGCGCAUCAGCAGGCCGAGUGGCCCAAGUAGCAGUUUCAGUACGUGAAGCCCAACGUGCCAGCACCAGGAGACCUGUCCAAGCAGCGACAACAUUCAGUAGCAGGGCUCUUCGGAGAGGGAGGGAGGGAGAGCGCCUCAACCCUUUACGUGCAGCCGCAUCGUUCCAGCCAAAGACUAAACGUGCCUCCGGUGCAUUUUUCCAUGUCGGACGUGCCAUCACACCAUCACCAACACGCUGGCUUGAACGUUUUUUAAGCAAGAAUCGCCAGCCGGUUCUCCACUUCUCCUCUAUAGUGCAAGGAGAGGAAGGAGGUCAGGAAGCAGGGCUUGCGCGUUUGUUCGUGGCUCUGUGCGUAGAGCUAGUGGCACACGGGCAGAGCACCAAGCCAACGACGGAAUGGAGGGCGGCGCCGGUGGAGGCGGCCUCGUCUGCGUGACCGGCGGCAGCGGCUUCAUCGGCUCGUGGCUCGUCCGCCUCCUCCUCGACCGCGGCUACACCGUCCACGCCACCGUCAGGAACCUCCAGGACGAGGGCGAGACGAGGCACCUGCGGGCACUGGAUGGCUCGAGCGCGCGGCUCCGGCUGUUCCAGAUGGACCUCCUCGACCCGGCCUCUUCCAUGCGGCCGGCGAUCGAGGGCGCCCGCGGCGUCUUCCACCUGGCGUCCCCUCUAGCACUGCAGACACGAGACCCGGAGAAGGAGCUCCUGGAGCCUGCGGUGAAGGGCACGCUCAGCGUCCUCCGCGCCGCCAAAGACUGCGGCGUCGCCCGCGUCGUGCUCAUGUCGUCCAAGUCGGCCAUGGUGCCGAAUCCUUCCUGGCCUGCGGGUAAGGCGGUAGCAGAGGAUGACUGCUGGGCCGACGUUGAGCUCCUCAAGAAACGUCAGCUUUGGUACAACGUCUCUAAAACACUAGCGGAGAAGGCCGCGUGGGAAUUCACCGAAAAGGAGGGCCUGCAGUUGGUUGUGCUGAAUCCAGGGACGACGCUGGGCCCAUUUUUUACACCAUCAGUCAACACCAGCCUCAAUAUUCUGCUGCAACUCCUGAAAGGCCAGGAGCUUGAGUUGGACGCCGUCUACACGGGGUGGGUCGAUGUCAGAGAUGUUGCGCGAUCUGCGAUUGUGCUGUAUGAGAACCCUUCUGCACAGGGACGCCAUCUAUGCUUGGCGUCCAUGGAACGAUUGGUUGACUUCACCGACAAACUUGCCGAUAUGUACCCUGAAUUCCCAGUCCACAGAAUCAAGGAGGACAAACAAGGUUGGUUGAUGAGGACGAAGGACCCCUCCAAGAAGUUGAUCGAUUUGGGCGUUGGUUUCAUCCCAUUUGACCAGACCGUCAGGGAGACCGUGGAUUGCUUCAGGAACAAAGGGCUCAUCUAGCCUGCAAACAUGUCCUAUUGUAUGCUUGGUUCAGAAAAGUGCUGUGCGACAGCUGAAACGGAAUAAAAUGCUAGAAUUUGCAUGGACUUACCCUCAUGAUAAUCAUACUCGAUAUA